AUGCGAUGCAUUCAGGACAUUGGACAGGAUGAAGGUAUCUUUGAUAGUUAUGUCGAUUUGCUCGAGCCAACCUUUGAGAGACAACAAGUCCUAUUGCAGUCCAAGCACUUCCUCUGUCGUUGCCAGAGAUGUCUUGAUCCAACCGAGUGUGGUCGUUACAUCUCAUCAUUCAGAUGUCCCUCAUGUCCAAGUGGAUGGGUAUCACCAAUAAUAAGUUAUAAUGAGAAGGACAAUGUAUUGGGAAGACUUUGGCGUUGUUUGGACUGUAAACAGGAGCAGAACGAUAUGAUCAUCGCGAUAUUGAAGGACAUUGAUGCACUCAAACAAUUCUUGUUAAAGAAGUCUUGGAGCGAGAACACUGCCGAGUACAUGGAGAGUGCCAAACAGUUUGAAAAGACAUUGUCACUGUUGCACAACAAUCAUGUGCUCAGACUUCAGUACCAUCUGGGCAUGACCAACUGCUUGGACACGAUGGAGAACUUUAAGGAGGCGAUCGUUCACUGCAUGGCCGUCAAGAGGAUUGUCAAGGCCAUACUACGCGUACAGAGUGGAGAGAGAGUGGAGUGCUACGAGUUGAUGGCCGACCUCUACGAGAAGUUUUUCUUGCAGCAGCUUGGCUCUAGGAUGCCGGAUGCUGGUGUCGAUGGAGCAGCUUCUCCAGCCCCAGUGGAUAAGGAUGAGAGCGUCUCCAUCUCAACCAACAGGGCAAUCAGGGACAACUUGGAACACUCGAAUAGAUACCUACAAAAGGCAUUGGAUACAUCAAAGGUGUGCUAUGGUGAGGAUGACGAGAAUACUCUGUUGAUUAAGGACCAGAUAAAGAAGUUAACGGUGCCGGCAAAGUCUGCCACAGGUUCCAACUAA